AUGGAAAUUGAGCUAUAGAAAUUUAUAGAUAAAAUUAAAUAUCGAUUUUUGAAUGGAUAAAUUGGGACUGGUUACACAUUUCCGAGAAAUCUUGACAACCAACCCUCAAUUAAUAAUGAUGCUAGUGCAUUGACAUCAUUUAUUCCCAAUAACAAAGGCAUAUUUAGUCCUUAAGCUAAAUUUAUGAAUAACCCUUUUGAGGAGAGAAGGAAAUAUGAAGCAAGCAAAGUUUAAAUAAUAAGGGAAAGAAGACAUAUGGAAUAGUGA